CUUUGACUCUGGACAGCAGGAAGUAAACAGGAACAAUAACUGAGCCUGAGCCGGUCAAAACAAAGACAACAAAUACCGCUACAUCACUGUCAGAAACAUGGAGGAAUAUAACUCUGGAGAUGAGGUCAUCUUUAAUGCCGAUGAGGUGAAUCUCUCUGUUAAAGAGUGUAUAGAAGGAGUGAUCGGUGGAACAGAUUACAACCAGACUAAAGUGAACCAGUGGACUGCCAGUAUAGUGGAGCACUCUCUGACUCACCUCGUGAAACAAGGACGGCCAUUCAAAUACAUAGUAAACUGUGCGAUCAUGCAGAAAAGCGGCGCUGGCCUCCACACAGCCAACUCCUGCUACUGGGACACCACCACUGAUGGAAGCUGCACAGUCCGGUGGGAGAAUCGCACCAUGUACUGCGUGGUCAGUGUGUUCGCUGUCGCCGUGGCGUUGUGAGUCUGAAGCUUGAAACGACCAAAAAGCCCCGAAGAUCCUCUGAAGAACCUCAUCUGUAUGUACAAGUAGCCUCUUUGUCCCCAACAGGCUUGAACAACAUUAACAUCAGAAUUUGCGAGUGGACUCAGGUUCAGUUCAUGUGAGGAAACGUUACUCUGCAGGGAGCAGGGAGCAGAGUUUUGUUAAGAAAUUACCCCUCAAACAUCACAUGUUGUUUCGUCAACAAAUGUUGAAAAUUGAAAACGAAAUAUUUUCUCUCCAUAUUUUGUCCCAAGUGUUGUAAUCUGUGCAUAAUGUAAAAUUUGAUUUGUUUUGAGCCAUGCUGGUAGUAAUCCAUCUGUCAGUCCAGACUGAAGUAUCUCAACAAUUAGUAGGCGGGUGGCUGUAACAUUUGCUGCACAAGUUCAAGCCUCCAUCAGGAAGUUUAUGAUCAAAUACCUGCCUCAGCUUUGUGUUAAUGCUUAUUAUUAAAUCUUGGCAUGUUAAUAUGCUAAAUUAAGAUGGUGAUGGUUAAAAAUCAACAUGUUAGCAUUUAGCUCAAAGCUAAAGCUGAGGUACAGCCUCACCUUCCCCUUUUCCACCAACAUGAAACAGGUUCUGUUCGGGUUUACGCACCUGAUUUUGAAGCAUUCAGAGAAUUUCUAUCCAAAAAUAAAUUUGUUCAGAACCUGAAAAGUUGGUUCCCAGCUGGAACCUAAAGACAGCAGGGGCAUGUUCAGUUUCAAAGUGUUGUGUAACAUUUUACUACGGAUUUCAACUGUUUAUAAACCUCAAUACUGUACAAGCUGUUCUAAGACAUCUCAUGUCAAACAUUUUUUGCUGGCUUAAUGAAAUAAUCUUGGGAUUAUUAAUCACAAGUUUUGAUUAAACCUCGCCUAUAAAAAGGCAGUGCGCUUACCUAACACAACAGGGUUGUGUUUGCUACGUAUUAUUGGGGCUGAACAUGCCCAAAAAUUUCCUUGCAGACCUUAGUGAGCAUCUUCAUCUUAGAAAUGGAGGAUGGAAUCUCCUCAUGUUAUAAUAUUCUUAUUAUUAAUAGUUUGUUCAUGCUUGCUUUUUGUACAAAAAACAACAUAUUAUAACAGAACAAAAUCCUGCAGGUAAUCAAUAGGAUCUGCGAUCUUACCACUGCUGUUUUAUUCCAUAGUGCAUCGAGUAAGGCUCUCCGUGGAGGAUGCAUCGAUGAUUACAGUGGUUUCUAUCAAAACUGGUAGAUGUGCAGGCUGGUUCACGAGAUGGCACCAAGGUUUCAUGUAUCCUGAACAGAACCGGUUCCAGAAGCAGAACUAAUUUGGUGUAAAAGGGUUAUCAGAGCUGCUGGCAUGGCUGUAGACAAUUUGUCUUCAUUUCUCCCUUCAGAAACAUUCCCGAAUACAUUUUUUUUCGGUAGUUUGGUAUUUAAGAAAAGUCUUGACUGUUGUGUUUUAGUAGCUACCUGAAUACUUGUAUAAAAUAUCUCGACUAGUCUGCAUUAAUGUUUUAAUGGUCUGGAUCUGUAACCGGCAGAUAUGCAGAGUGUGUAUUUACAGGAUGAUGGGGUUAAAUGGUCCCAAUGACUAAUGCACUUUUUAUAGACUCUCUCUGUAGAAAUCCUCAAUUUCUUCUGUAAACCUGAGUUCAUGAAGGCAGUUUAAUAAAUUAAUUUAUUGAAAAGUC